CUCAAGCGGCGCUCUCCCGACGAUUAUGAGCGACUGACGAAUGGCGACCAUCCGGCGAAGCGUCAGAAGAAAGUCAUCCGUGCCUUGAAAUACAAACAACCCUUUGCGGAACUCGCGCUUGAAUCUCCGCAAGAUGACAGCGUCUUUCACGCGCAGCUCGUUCGGUCCAUAUCAACCGUCCUCACACGAGUCGGGUUCGAUGGCGCAAAACCAUCAGCCUUGGAAUCCUUUCGAUCCGAGGUGCAAGAAUAUAUGCUUCACUUCCUUGGCACGGUUCGCGCAUCGAUGACCAAUAGUCGGAGAACCCACCCGAUACCACAGGACUUCGUCCUCGCACUCGUCAAUUCGGGAAUUACACCUUCAGAGCUGCUCGGUCAUCUUGACCAUCACCUACCCCCUGAGGUCUCACUCCCUCCGCUCCAAGCCGCUCCCCGAGAGACAGAUACCGUUCCUAAGCGCGAUCUGUUCUCCAUCGACGCUGCAGACACCACCAAGCGGCGAUUCAUCCCUGCAACCAUGCCACAUUACCCAAGCAAACACACCUGGCAGUCCACACCCACCGUCAUAUCCCGGAUCACUGACCCGCUGCAAAUCCGCGAGAAAUCCACCCAGGAAGGCAUCGUCGCCGAGCAGGCGCUCCGCAAACUCGUCGCGGCACGACAGCGUGGCGCCGCGAACAAGACCUUCGGCGAAGGGCACAAGACGCAGAAACGGGAGUUAGAGAGACGGUGGGAAGACGGGAUGAUGGAGAUGAUUCGGAUGGACGACGAGGAGGCGAGGAGGCAGAGAGUAGACUUUGAGGGAGAUGCGGACAUGGGGGCUGGGGAUGUGGAUGUUAUGAACGCGGCCGCAGAGGCAUCGAACGGUGCGUUUGGGGUGGAUACUGGGAUGGUUGUUAAUUGGGAUAGGAAGUAUUGGAGG